CACGUAUACAAAACUCUUAUAAAUAAAAAUGUUUCACUUUUAUAUAGCUGCACUUUCAGUACUGAAGACAAAUCCGGAAAUUUGAAAGGAGCGUUCAAUAUGGUACAGCUGAGAGUCGUGGCAACAUGUCGACUGGGUGGAAUUCUUCAAAGAAACACAGUGAACGCGAAAGAUGGAUAUCUAUUUAUCCGAUAUAUUUGAACAGCAAGAGAAGCUUGGCAGGUGGACGAAAGCUGGCCAAGGAUAAGUGUGUGGAAAAUCCAACCUAUCAGGAAAUACGAGAUGUUUUGUUGGCUGCGGGUAUGAAUGUAGGUGUCGAAAAUAAGCUACAUCCAAAAGAACGUAGCAAGGAACUCCUGUUCUGUGGUCGUAUUCGCGUGCAGCUGAAAAACGAUGACGGGACACCGGUACGAUCCGAAUUUCCCACCAGAGAUUCUUUGCUGGAGUACGUCGGUACCUCAAUUCCCAAAUUGAAGACUCGUCAGGGUAAGCAGAGCUCUAACGAGCAAGCAUCGCAACCAUCUACGUCGACUUCAAAGAAAGGGAAAGGCAAAGGAAGGAGAUAAAGAUGAAGGGAUGGAACUAUUAAAAGUGAAUUUUUAUUUAUAUUUAUAUAUUUUGUAUUAUGUAAAAUAUUUGUUAUAAU